UGUGCCUAAAAUUCAACCUCCCCCUCAGUGACUCUGCACAACUCCAGUACCACCUGUCGCCGUCCCCAAUUCUGUCGACAUUGGGAUAUAUAGAGGCAUACUAUAGUAUUUAUAUUGUGCUUUCCUUCGUUAUAGAGAUCAGACCUCGUGCUCUCGUCCAGCCACCAUGUCGAACAAACCGCUGGACUCGUGGGAAGAUGACCCCGCUGCCCAAGACGACAACCUAUCUCGACAGGCCCAACAGAGUCUAAACUUGAAUAAUCAACAGCAGCAGUCAUCCUUCCGUCCUGGAGCUUCGUCAUUCCAGCCAAGUGCUGCCGCGUUCCAACCAGGCCAACAGUACCAGCAAUACGGAUACCAACAAUAUGGCCAGGGCUUACCGCAACAAGGGUAUGGGGCCUAUCAGCAACAGCCGUACGGUCAGUAUAACCAAGGUUAUGGCCAGGCCUAUGGUCAGCAAUAUGGAGGCUACAAUCAAAAUUCUGGAGGGCCUCAGCAAGCCCAACAGCAGCAACAAUGGCGUCCACAGUCUGUUGCUGAACGUCCUCAAGCUGGUGCUCCUGUCGCCGCGAAACAAACUCCUGCAGCGUCGAAACCGGCAACUACUACUCCUGCCUCUCAGCCGCCAAAGGCCAAGGUCCUGUCGAUCGGUGGCGACGCUAUGAAAUCCAAAACUCCAAAUCCAUCCGCAGCCGCCACACCCACUCCACCUUCUUCGGAUACUCCAGCCAGCGGUUUACGGAAUGCAAAUGGGCCAGCUGCAGCUACGGCCGCGUCGAAGGUUACCGCCGCGAAAGCUAUUGAAAAAACAGAGAAGAAGUCCGCUGGUAGCGGCAAGACUUCACCUACACCUUCUUCCGGACGGUCUUCUCCUUCACGGGCUGCUGAGGCCAGGGCUGCAAUUCGCGACGCAGACGCGGUCGUCAAAGAACAGGCAGCCGAUGUCGAUGAAUCUACACUCAGAGAAAUUUAUGGUGACAAACGCGAACAUGUCAACUUGAUUUUCAUUGGUCACGUUGACGCAGGCAAAUCAACUUUGGGUGGAAGCAUCUUGUAUGCAACUGGUAUGGUGGAUGAACGGACAAUGGAUAAAUACAAAAGGGAGGCCAAAGACGCCGGACGUGAGACGUGGUACCUUUCAUGGGCUCUGGACUUGACAAAUGAAGAAAGAUCCAAGGGAAAAACUGUGGAGGUUGGACGGGCUUUCUUCAAGACCUCAGGCAAUACUCCUGAUGGCCCGGUGGAGCGCCAUUAUACUAUUCUGGAUGCUCCUGGUCAUAAAUCCUUCGUCCCUAACAUGAUUGGUGGUGCAUCCCAGGCAGAUGUUGGCAUCCUUGUGAUCUCUGCAAGAAAGGGUGAAUACGAAACCGGUUUCGAGCGAGGUGGUCAGACCCGCGAGCACGCACUAUUGGCUCGAAACUCCGGUGUGAAAAAGUUGAUUGUUGCCGUCAACAAAAUGGAUGACCCAACUGUUGAAUGGAGUAAAGCACGAUACGAUGAAUGUACAACGAAGAUUGGCAAGUUCCUUCAAGCCAUGGGCUAUACCAAAUCAGAUCUCCACUUCAUGCCCAUCUCUGCGCAGAAGACUAUUGGUAUUGACAAGCCCGUCCCCAAGGAGCUUGCGCCUUGGUUCGAAGGCCGUGGCCUGCUCGACUUCCUCCACAACAUGAAAAUGCCCGAGCGUAAAAUAAACGCGCCCUUGAUGAUGCCCAUCAGCGCAAAGUACCGGGAUAUGGGUACGGUUGUUGAAGGGCGAAUUGAGUCUGGUGUAAUAAAGAAAGGCACCACCUACAUGAUGAUGCCCAACCACGAGGAGGUCACGGUUACUGCGUUGUACGGUGAAACGGAAGACGAGCUUCCUAUGGCGACUUGCGGCGAUCAAGUCCGUGUUCGGCUUCGGGGUGUUGAAGAAGAAGAUGUUAUGCCAGGCUUUGUUUUGUGCUCUGCCAAAAGACCAAUCCACUGUGUUUCUGCUUUCGAGGCCAAAAUUAGAAUUCUGGAUCUUAAGAGCAUUCUCACGGCUGGCUUCAACUGCGUCCUCCAUGUCCACGCUGCUAUCGAAGAAGUGACUUUCGCUGCCCUGCUGCACAAACUUGAGAAGGAUACAGGCAGGAAGAGCAAGAAGCCACCGGCAUUCGCCAGCAAAGGCCAAACAAUCAUUGCUCGAAUAGAGACUAUUGGAGGGGCUGGAGCUGUUUGCGUUGAAAGAUUUGAGGACUAUAACCAGCUCGGUCGGUUCACGCUUCGUGAUCAGGGACAAACUAUUGCCAUUGGCAUGAUUACCAAGCUGAUCACAAACGAGCCAUCAUCAGCAGCGUAAAGUAGAUUCACGUUUCAAAAGGGAUAGCUAUUUUGUUUUUUCCUUUCGUUGGUUUUUUGGUCGGGAGGUUCCACCAGCGGACAGCUGAGGAAAGAGAUGGGCGAUUUUCAUGAGUGGGAAAUGCAUUGAAUGUGGUGGCACGGCACUGGAAUAAUGCAUUUGAUACCAUGACAUGACCAACUUCUAGACUAUUUUACGAUUUCCUUUUGUCAACCUUGUUCUUUAUAUAGGUUAUCUUUAACAUAAAAAAAAUGGGGCCAGUGAAAUACGGAUACAAAAUGAUUUAUCACAGGGGCAGCUCGCUAAUCGCGCACUUUCUCAAAGUCAUCAGUCAUGGCUUGCAUUUCUAUUUCGUAACUAUCCAUGUAAAACUUUUCCUGAAGUAUUGAACAAACAACAAAUGAACACUAUAAACGCCCUCGAUGCUAACCGCAAUUCCCAGGUAAUCUAGCAGGGAAGAUAUGUGAAUCAUAAAGACCAGAGACAUAUAUGCCAGAGAAAUAAAAGGGGGGAAUCCAUCAUCGCCUUCUCUUCGAAACGACUUUUGUAAACCCAUCCUCAUCAACCAAAGGCUCGGGCAAGAACUUUCCUCGCUCCCAUUGCCCGUCUAUUCCCCUCCUCGUUUCCUUCGGGGCCUCAUAUCUGGGUGUUUCAAUGUUCGGGGUGUCAUUAUUUGAUGGCGCGACUGGCACCUGCGCAUCCUCCAUCUCAACAUCAUCCGCCCAGUCCCCAACUCCACUCUCGUCGUCAUCUUCAUCCUCGUCCUCAUCCUCAUGCCCAUUAACCUCCACCUUCGUAAAAGUUCCAGCACUAGCACCAGCGGCACCCCCCUUCGCCUUCCACUCGUCCCACAUCCUUGUCACCCCUGUAAAGUCCCCCUUCUGCGUUUCCGUUCUGAUCUCCAUGAUCCUGCGUCCAAUAUCGCCCGCACUCUCAUCGUCAACGACGACAUCAAACUCGUCGUUCAUCACUUGUAUCAGGACAUCCUCAAUAUCUUCCGCGUCGGUCUCCGGCCGGUCAACGAAGAGUUGUGAGAUAGCACCGCAGAGCCAGUCGCGUUUGUCGCUGGAAGAGGGUCCGCCCCAGGCGCUUUGCACAGCGAGGUUGAGCGCUGGCCAGGAAUUGAGGAUUAGGGUAAUGCCUAGAUCGAAUUGGGCGGCGGGGUCUAUAUUCCCGGCUUGUUCUUGUUUCUUCUCGAGUGGCUGUUGUGUGGAGGGGUUUGCAGCCAUGGUUAUUAGUGGAUUUGGUUGAUGUUGGAUAUGGAAAUUAUUGACGGAACGUCUUUUUUCUUCUUGAGCUAAAAUAUUAAAAUGAGCCUUAUUGAGAAGAUAAUGGUUUCUUGUUGCUUUAGAUGUGAUUAAAGAGAAUGUGUGUAAUUUCGUUUUGGUAGAUGGUGCUGAAGUACUUGCGGAGUUUGGAAAAAAUAUUUUGCUCUGGAAAUUUAACUUUCUGGUGUUGCUGCCAAGACCGCUUAUUUAUCAUACAUAGUGGAGCA